CUCCUCAAAAACCCUAAUUCCUCUCUCUCAUUUCUCGGAGAUAUUCAGCAGAGCAAUAACCAUGGAUGCUAAAGAAUCCUCCGCCACCGAUUUGAAAAGACCGAGAGAAGAGGAUGAUAACGGUGCCGCCGCAACCAUGGAGACGGAGAACGGAGAUCAGAAAAAGGAGCCUGCUUGUUUCUCCACUGUCAUUCCUGGCUGGUUCUCUGAAAUGAGUCCUAUGUGGCCAGGAGAGGCACACUCAUUGAAGGUUGAGAAAGUUUUGUUUCAAGGGAAAUCAGAUUAUCAGGAUGUGAUUGUUUUCCAGUCUGCAACAUAUGGAAAAGUUUUGGUUUUGGAUGGAGUAAUCCAACUUACAGAGAGAGAUGAAUGUGCCUAUCAAGAAAUGAUUACUCAUCUUCCUUUGUGCUCUAUUCCUAACCCUAAGAAGGUUUUGGUCAUUGGAGGAGGAGAUGGAGGUGUCUUGCGGGAAGUUGCACGUCAUGCUUCUGUUGAGCAGAUUGACAUGUGUGAAAUUGAUAAAAUGGUGGUCGACGUGUCUAAGCAGUUUUUCCCUGAUGUAGCAAUUGGAUAUGAGGAUCCUCGCGUGAACCUCGUCAUUGGCGAUGGUGUUGCUUUCUUGAAGAAUGCUGCUGAAGGAUCAUACGAUGCAGUUAUUGUUGACUCUUCAGAUCCAAUCGGUCCUGCAAAGGAGCUGUUUGAGAAACCCUUCUUCCAAUCCGUGGCUAGAGCUCUUCGUCCUGGUGGGGUUGUGUGUACUCAGGCUGAAAGCUUGUGGCUUCACAUGGACAUCAUCGAAGACAUUGUCGCUAACUGCCGUGAGAUCUUCAAGGGUUCUGUGAACUAUGCCUGGACCAGCGUUCCAACAUACCCCAGUGGGGUUAUUGGAUUUAUGCUUUGUUCUACUGAGGGACCUGAUGUUGACUUCAAACACCCACUGAACCCAAUUGACGAAAGCUCAAGCAAAUCAAAUGGACCUUUGAAGUUUUACAAUGCCGAGAUUCAUUCAGCUGCAUUCUGCUUGCCUUCUUUUGCCAAGAAGGUAAUUGAGUCAAAAGCCAAUUGAAAAGAGAAAGAAAACUAAUCCGGAGGA